AUGGCUUAUUCCACUCGUCGAGCAUCACACGAGUCCAGUGCUAACAUAAAUACAAAUUCAGGAAAUUGCCGAACUAGUUCUAUCGAUAAUGGCGUUAAUAGUAGUACAAUUACAAGUUCUCGACGUCUUUCGAUGGAUAAUUCUGUCGGAUCCUAUGUACAAGCAACAGUAAUUGCACAAGGUCCUCCGGUCGCGUUUUAUGGUAGUUGUGCUAUUGGUGAUAUUUUCUAUAUUCAUGGCGGAAUUCGAAUUCGUGGUGAUCGUGCACCAUCAAAUCGAAUGUUUAUGUUUCAUCGUAAUACAUGGACAGAAAUAACCACAGAUGAAUCUCCUGCACUAUCCUAUCAUCGAUGUGUUGUCAUGGGAAAUGGUCAAUAUAUUGUUACAAUUGGUGGGUGGGAUGGAUCGAAAAGAAAAUCUGAUGUUCAUGUAUAUGAUGUAGUCAAUGGGACUUGGUAUCAAGCGCCCGUACCAGGAUUUCCUAGUGGUGGUGGACUAAAUAAUCAUGCUGUAAUUCCUAUGAAAUCCAAUGAUGCAGCAGUGCUUGUUAUUGGUCGAGACGGUAGCUUGAGAACGCAACGUAAACAUGGUGAUGCAUAUUGUUUACGUGGUGAUCCAGCAAAACGUAAUUUCCGAUGGGAACAAUAUCCUAUUGCUGUUGAUUCUCGUAGUGGCCAUUCAUUGAUUGGGCAUGGCUCGUCGUUGUAUAUUAUCGGUGGACGUGCUGAUCAUCUUAUUCAGCAAUAUACUGGUUUACCGGUUGAAAAUCAGAACAUAUGUAGUAGUCUUUAUUCCGAUCUCAAACAAAUGAUGAAAUCGAAUGAAAUUAGUCCAAUGAAAAAAUUACCAUCGACUCGAAAAGAUCAUGCGAGUCUUCCGUGUGGUUCUGAUCUAGCUAUUGUCUACGGUGGUGAAACAUUCGAUGGAAAACUACGUGAACCAUCGAAUGAAAUUUUUGUUGUUACAUUAGGAGCUCACGGACAGUGGUACAAUCUCGGUCAAAUUGAAUUCGGUCGACAAGGCCAUACAAUGGUUUGUCUCGGCGAUCGAAUUAUUGUACAUGGUGGCCUAGGAAAAACUGGCGUAUGCGGUGAAACUUUUCUUAUUGAUCUUAUCAGAUAA